ACUAUAAAAGGCGAUGAGCAUUGGGCAAUUGCCGCUUACCGCGUAACGCCUUUCGCGGGCAAUUAAAUAAAGAGAGCGAACAAAAAAAUCCCUCGUUUUCCACUUUUCCUCCCACUACUUAUCUCACUCUCAGGUACUCCCUCCAUCUCUCAAUCCGAUCUGGUUGUUCUCUGAUUCCUCUGUACAAUUUGCUUGACAUUUCCAUCGAAGCUAGAGAUCGAUCGUUAUCUUUGAACUGAUUAUCGAUAAUGGCUGACGAUUUUGAGUUCUCUGAUAAGGUUCCUCCGUCGUUUGAGCGCGUGGGAAAUGUGAUCAAGGAUGCUGAAGCAAAAGGUUUCAACCCAGGGUUGAUAGUACUACUUGUAGUUGUGAGUCUACUAUUGGUCUUCCUUGUUGGGAAUUAUGCUCUUUAUAUGUAUGCUCAGAAGACGCUUCCACCAAGGAAAAAGAAGCCCAUCUCCAAGAAGAAGAUGAAGAAGGAGAGGCUGAAGCAGGGUGUUUCAGCACCAGGAGAGUAGUUUAGAUUUAGUAUUUAUUUUCUUUUGUUUUUCUUCCUUUAUGUUCAGAUGCUACACAGAUUUUUUUUCCUUUCUUAAUGCCAGUCGUCAAUGCUAAGACAAGGUUGUUAUUUCCGUUUGGUAA